GGAAUGGCAUCGCUGAGAGGGACCGCGAGCCCGGCGUGGCACGGCCGGGUACAACCGGGCGCCCGGUAUGGCGUGGAUGGACGGCGCUGGGCACCCCGUAUGGCGUCGCUGCAAGAGGCUGAGUGCCCGGGUUGGAGCUGGAGGAGAGCAGCAAGGGGAGCAAAAAACUGGACGCCAUGACGCUGAUCAAGGAAGACAUGUCCAUCUUCGGCCACUGCCCUGCGCACGAUGAGUUCUACCUUGUGGUGUGCAACCACUGCAGCCAGGUGGUGAAACCUCAGGCCUUCCAGAAGCACUGCGAACGGCGUCACGGCCCGCUCAGCAAGCUGUACGCCAAGUGCCACGCCGUCAAUGGGCAGCCGGCGGGCAAAGCGCUGCGGGAUAAAGGACAGGGAGCACGCAGCAGGGCGCAGCCGCUGCCAGAGAAAGCACAGAAGGACAACAACCUC